AUGGCGGGUGAUGAUGGAGACUUGCCGAUCUUCUUCUCCAGCAAUGACGAUAUAUUCGUCGAGAUACUUUCAUGGCUACCGGUCAUAUCUGUCCUCCGGUUCCGUUGUGUAUGCAAGUCAUGGCGCGACAUAAUCUCUACUUCCCAGUUCGUCGCCAAGCACCGAGCACAUACCAACGACAACAGCAAGAAUGUCCUGAUUCUCUUUAAACGCCCCUAUCCACUUCCCCAUGACUGGCCACCAAUCCCCCUUCGAUUUCCCCGACUCGCUGACUACCAAUCACUGAAGAAGAAUGUUGGCGCCACCUCUGCAGCCGCAUCAUCAGCAAUACGAAGCAGCCGUAGAGACCUUGAAGAUGAAUUUGCAUUUGAUACUAGUCUCUACAGUUCAUCCCUUGUGGGUUCUUCCAAUGGCCUCAUCUGCCUACUACUUGACUGGCCUCGGCCACCUCGUGACUACUAUAGGUGCUACGUAAACACAAGACUUCUGUUGUGGAACCCUAGUACCAGAACAGCCCGUAAGUUACCAGACAUUGAUUGGUUUCGUUACAACCCGUUUUAUUAUGGAUUCGGCUAUGAUUCCAUCACUCAAGACUACAAGGUCCUUUUGGGCGGUCAAGAUCCUAACGGUUGUGAAUUGGUUGCAAUCUUCGCACUCAAAACGGGUUCAUGGAAGAGUGUUGAAGAUCCCCUCGGCCUCGAGGCUGCCUCGUUAGAUAUUCAUGAUCGAGGGUGCUUCUUAAAUGGAGCUCUACAUUGGCAUGAGUAUUAUUGUUAUGAAGAUGAGGAUUGGAAUGAAGAUGAAACAGGUUAUAUGAGAACAAGAAUCGUAUCCUUUGAUUUCGCACAGGAGAAAUUUCAUUCGUUUUCCUUUAUUAAGCAUAAAGGACAUAUGGGGAUGGCGGGGGGAGUGGGGACUAUUGGAAAUCGUCUCUUCUUUUACACUUCCUGCUAUACUUCCACAAAUCGUCCUGACUUGGAGGAGGCUGGCCUUACCAUAUGGGUGAUGAGGGAAUAUGGGGUCGAUCAAUCUUGGACUAUUGUUGCGAAAAUCCGACCGGAGAUUUUCCCUCCAAACGUGAAGUGGUUGAAUCCUAUAUUUCAUAUGGAAGACGAUGGUGCAGUUUUGAUGCAAUCGAGUCAAGGUGACUUGGUACUAUAUACGCGUAAGGAAGAGAGAGAGAAAGAGGACACAUGCAGGAUUGUGCUCAAGAUUUCUGAUGUUGGAGAAUUGCCGGCUAGGUACGAAGAGACGGUUAUGUACGGGGACACCUUGGUUUCACCGGUGAUUGGCGGCGGCUAG